AGUGCUCUUACGACGCUGACUCUGCGGUCACCUCCUAGCGGUGUGUCUUCCUAUCGGUUUUCCCUGCGCGCGAUAGUCUUCCCUUCCAAGUGUUGCCAUCAUAUACUGCCAUCAACCCACACCCUUCUUGCCUGGUGCUCAUAUUGCACAUUCACCAAACAUUCGACUGCCACCAAAUCCUCCCUUACAGCUUUCCACCCUCUCGCCAACAUGUUUGGUAAUCCCACGUUCAGACACUCCCCAGAGUACAAAGAGUUAGGCCAACACUACCUACCUCUCCAAGCUAUGAAGUUUGAGCCCCAUAAUUAACCUUUGCUCAAUAGCUUCCUGUUUGACGGAACCAUCACACUGUGCAUUGGGCGAGACAAAAAGAGAAUGGAAAUUCAUAAAAAACUCCUCACAAGCAUAUCCCCCGAGCUCGACAAGCACGUCAACAACGACAUGAAAGAGGGCAUCGAGGGUGUAAUACAUUUACCGGAUGAGGGGGAAGAGGCUAUCGCUCUUUUUACCAAAUGGGCAUACACUGGAGACUAUACCGCCUGGGACAGUGCGCUGUUCGGUAUAGCACAGCAUCAAUGGCCGAGCCUUCAUAAGCACCUUCAGCUCUGCGCAUUCUCAGAUAAAUUCAACAUACCCGUCUUAAAACAGUUGGCGGAAUUGAAAUUUUACACCCAGAUAAUUACUCUCGAGCCCAAGAGCAAGGAAGAUGGCGCAGGCCUUAUCCUAGCGAUAAGUUAUGCACAUAAUAACCUUCGCAGCUCGGAUCCGGUUCUGAAAUUCCUGACGCAAUAUGCUUCAUGGAAGUUUGAGUUGCUACGGGAGACACCCGGAUUCAGGGAAUUGAUUAUGGCACAGCCAGAGUUUCUCACGGAAUUGCUUGCCACCUUGAAAGGAUCGAGCACUAAGCCCAUCGCCCCGGAACCCCAAAAGCGCCCGAAGAAGAAAAACAAUUCGAACAUUUUCGGUACGGGCCAGCCGCCGAAGCCUCAGCCCCCCCCCCCUCUCUUCGGCUCGUGGCCGUCACAAUUCUAAUAUUAUGACGUUCGCGCCCCGAAUAAAUUUGAAAUGCAACAGACUAGUUCUCCCUUGGUGGCGAAGGUCCGAAUUGUGGCUAUAAGUUCUUGUUUUUCGUCUCCUUGAUGCAAUGUAUACAUUUAAUACUCCCUUCUUCCCAUGACCUUCCAUAACCUGAAAAACAAAAAAAACUAUCAGGCUCGAUAUCCUAUAGAGCUUUAGAGACUAGACUAUGAUACAGUACUUGUAUAUCUUUCUUCUUGAGGCACCCCUUCGCCCUAGUCCACACAAGCUCAAGGUCCAACCUUGUCUCCACAAAUUAAAUAUCUCCAGCCAGCGACAUGCCAACAAACCAGCUCAUAUCUUAUACUCUGCGCC